CCCGAACGGAACGAAUUGCCAAAUUUAAAUCAGUCCAAUUGCUACUAUCCUAUAUAUAUAUUGUUAUCGACUAGGUUUUUCCCCUGCACCGAACCCUCGUUUCCUCCGAUAACGCCCCUUGCUCACCCGGCCGUCGGCGUCGCUCGGUCGUCCUCGCGAACCGCCGACACCAACCACCUCCCCUCCUCUGUCCGCGCACGAAGCGGGAUGCUGCUCGUCGCUGCACCGGUCCCUGCUCGUUCCUUUACAAGCUUUUCGGAUAAUCAUAUGGUUGCUCCUCUCUCCCGCAAAGAUUUCCUCAAGCGAUAUGGGUCUGAAGACGACGAGAAGAAAAAGAAGAAGAGGAAGAAAAAGGAAAAGGUCAAGCCCAGCUUUAUGGGCGGCAUCCUAGUGGUGGACGAAGAUCCCGUGUGGCAAAAACCUGUCCAAAUUGAACAAGAAGGGUCAGAAUCUGAGACAGCCUUGUCCAGUGACCUCUCUCCUCCACGCCGGACUCGCCCACAGUCUCCUGAAGCUAUUAGAAGCCGUAAUUCCUCUCCUGGUGACCUUUCUCCACCGAGGAAGACCAGGAAGGUUCUUGUGGAGAAGGAGCCUAGAAGGGGUGGAUUACUUUCAGCUAAAGAGCUUAGAGAAGAGAAUGACAGGACGAGGAAGGAAGCACUGUCAAGAUUUGCAUCCUUGGAUCCUAGUUUGAGUGGUAAAAGUGCAGAACCAGUAUAUCGUGAUGCAAAAGGGAAAGCUAUUUCAAAGGAAGAGCUACUGAAACCAAAGGAGGAAGAGAAACCAAAGGAAAAAAAAUUGGAAUGGGGUAAAGGCUUGGCACAGAAGAGACAAGCUGAAGCUAACACCAGAGACUUAGAGAUCGAGAAAGACAAACUUUUUGCUCGUACGAAGGAUGAUCCUGACCUUGAUAAGAUGUUAAAAGAGAGAGUUAGAUGGGGCGAUCCCAUGGCACAUUUGGUCCAGCAGAAGAAUUCAGAAACAACAUUAGAAGAUCUUGGUGAAAAUAAAGCAAUGAAGGAAUCUGGAUUUAUUAUCCCUCAGACGAUUCCCGCUCACAGUUGCCUUAAACGAGGAGUAGAUUGUCUUCCAAAUCGUUAUGGAAUCAAACCUGGUCGGCAUUGGGAUGGAGUGGACCGCAGUAACGGGUUCGAGAAGGACAUCUACAAGAGACAGAAUGAGAAGCGAGCCACCGAGAGAGAGGCAUACCUGUGGUCCGUCUCCGACAUGUGAGGGCCUUUCUGUAGUUUUCUUUUUUGUAGUUUGUGAACAAAAGGCCUACUUUUUGUGGUUUAUGAAAGAAAUCUUGAGUGUUCAUUGAAUUUGUUGUAACUUUCUUCUUUA